AGAUGGUUUCACUCUGACAUAUCGGGCUUCGAUGCCGAGAAGUUGUUGCUUGAGCGAGGAUUUGAUGGCAGCUAUCUUGUCCGGCCUAGUAAAAGCAAUCCUGGCGAUUUUACACUGUCAGUGCGGUACGUAUUAAUUUCUUUAUGAUAAAAAGGGACUUUGUAUAAAUUCGCGAGUAACCAUAGAUAAAUUUCAGCCUUAAACAGAGUUGUGUCAGUGUGAAAUAAAGACCCUAAUGACGAUUCGAGUUAGGAAGCUUUAUGCUGUAGCCAUAUUUGAGAUCACUUCCUUGCUAUGCUAACACGACAAGGUACAAACGUUUGUCAUUCGUUAGAUGAAUGAUAUCUCAAUUUCUUAUUUAAAGUAGAUGUUUUUAGCAAUGUUUUCACUAGAGAUUAUGCGUGCCCUAACACAAGAGUUUUGGGCGAAUAUUUUAUUUCAUUUGCAUUUUGUAGGCACGACCAAAAAUUUGAAUGUUAAUAGUGUUCUAUCAGAUUACUAUCUUACAUUAUAAUUCGUUGUGUUAUUUAUAUCAUGUAUUAAAAAUUCAUAAACGGAGCGUCAAAUUAUCUGAUCCAACAGUUCUUGUGGUAAAACUCGAUCUGAAAUUCAGCCCUCUUGAAUAAGAGGUCAGUGGUGCGGCUGACAGCUCGAGAGAUGGAAACAUUAAAUUUAGAAAACCCACGCAUUUCUGCAGAUGUCACACCAAGGAAAUUUCAAUUCGUCACGAACUGAGCAGCUGUUUUUGUUGCAAUUUAUCUUAUCUUUAACUGCACUAUUUGAAAACUGAAACAACCCUCGUUUAAGCAGAUUAUUGUUAUAUUGUCUAAAAACCACGAUCGUGUGAGCCAUUUGUUUUUCGAAGAAAAAAGACGUAUAUUUUGCUUACGUUUCAAAAAAAUAUACCCCACGUACACAAGAAAGUGAAAAUAAAAUUUAAUGAAAGUCUAAACAUACCUUUAUGUCGGAACAUUUUGUCUGGAAGUCUCAAGUUAUUCCAUGGUUUGGAAGAUGUAAACAUGUUAUUUUAAUUGGCUUUGUGAAGAAUCAUUAAAUCAUUAUGUAGAUCUCCUUUGCACAUUUGCUUUAAAGAUAAGAACCGACAAUUUUGAGGAGAAUCUUAAGAGUUACCCUUCAGUUUGAAUGAGGAUAAUGCCUCCCAUACUGAACUUUGCCAGACAGCUCUCAGAGGUCAUAAUAAGAGACUGUGUGAAAAAUGCAAUAUUAACUUUGUUAUGAACUUUGUAUGUAGCUUUUUACUACUUGAGUCAGGAAAAAAAUUCUGAGGGGGAGAUACCAUGUCAGUAGAAUUAUACAGCCUUAAUUUUUCAGUGUGAAAUUGUGUUUUCCUGGAAAGCAUUCAAGGAAUUGAAAAAGUUGGGUUGGGAUUCCUAUUUCCUGCUUUUUGUGAUCUUAUAUUCCAAGGAUAUGAACUCCAGGAUGGUACUUUUAUUGUAUGCAUUUAGUAAAUGAUAUCAGAUACAGGGGAUUCAGAAAAUAUAAUGAAAGACUGACACAAUUCCAUGCCCAAAACAAAAUGGCUCUAAGUUUGGAGAAAAUUUUGUGGCAUGUUCAUAUGUUUCUGUGAUAAGUUUGGAUACAAGCCUCUCUAGAAAUUUUCUUCUGACGGGCAUUUCUGAAAUGGAUGGUAUUAUUUCUGCUUGAAAAACUUUUAACAUUUAUUUUUUUUUCUAAUUUAAAAACUUGUUUAUGCAAUGGCACCACAUCAGUAUUCAAAUUUCUUCCUAUUGCUUUCAAGAAGCAAUAUAUUCCAACAUAAUGGAAUGAUUCAAUAUUGUUUUCAUAUACCUUGUCAACUAAGCAAAUAAUGGAUUGAAUCACUUAGAAUGCAUGAACCAAUCAAGCUCUCAUUGCUUUAAGUUGAGGUAAAAUGUACUGUAUCUUCAAAAGGCUUUGUUGCUUAACAUUCCUUGAAAAUGUUUCAUUAUCAAUUCAUUUGACCAUAUGGUAAUCAAAUGUGAUCAGGAUUUAGAGUACUCUUGGAGAGGUGGUUUUUACUCCAUUUGAAAAUUUGUAGAGUGAUGUAAAUCGAAAAUCCACAAAUUUUGAUUUUAUUACAAAAAAUAUAUAUAUAUUCCAUGAUUUUACAUACUAUAUUACUAUUAGUAGUAGCAGUUGAGUGAUUGGAGUGGAUUCCACAUCAAGAGAUCUAGCGGUAGAUGUGAACCCUGGCUAAAGCACUGUCUUUUUGAGCGAGAUUGUUUACACUCAGAGUGCCUCUUCCACAUGAGAAAGUUAAUUCCAAAGAUCGGAUCAUUAAUUCUCCUCUCUAGCUACUACUCAUUUCUAUGUAAAUUAGUUAUGAAGAAUUAGUGUUAGGUUAAGAUAACAACUUUUAUUUGAUAAGUUUGUGUAUUCUCAUGAACUGUUUGCUGGAUAAUGUACAUGUUUGGUUAUUAAAGGGAGAAGUUACAGGUUAAUCACUUGUGGGAGUUAAAGGGUUAAUGGUAGCUAUGAAUUGGUGGGAAAACCUGAUAAAACCUAGGGGAGGGGAGUGUGGGAUAAGCUGUGAAGGUCUGGAAUCCCAUCCAGAUGUAGUAGCAUUAGCAUUAUCACUAGUCACUGAGCAUUACAGAAACUUGAAUAAGCUGCAGCUAGAUGAGUCAUUAGACUCUUGAGCUGACUCAAGUACUUUUUUUCUUACCUUUUAAUUGAUAUGCCAAGUACUACCAUCAGAAGCUCUGAAAGUUAAUUUUUUUGACUACAGGCGAGAUGGUGAGGUGACGCACAUAAAGAUACAAAACACAGGAGAUUUUUAUGACUUGUAUGGAGGGGAAAAGUUUGCCACCUUGUCAGAAUUGAUCCAGUUUUAUACAGAAAACCCCGGGCAGCUGAGAGAAAAGAAUGGUCUGGUCAUUGAAAUGAAAUUUCCUCUCAACUCCACAGAUCCAACAACAGAAAGGUUAGACUCAUUGUUUGUACUCAGAGUAUUAAUAUGUAGAUUUAGGCAAGCCUAAAAGCAGAGCUUGCAUUUUCUUUUUCCUGCACAUCUCUUCAACAAAACCAAAGCCCCUGCUAUGGAUAAAGUGCAUGGUAAUAUUAGUGGAUUUUCAUUCGCAACUUCUCCGUAUCUGUGUAGAGGACUGAUUAUAAGAUAAUGCCCAUGGUGCAAUUGGCUGUGCAUGCUAAAAGUAGCACCUUGUACGGUUGGUCGUAUGGUUGUACUGUCGUACUGUCGUACAUCCAAAUUUUUUCAGCUUGAUGGGUUACUACUAUUUUGUAUAAUUAUGGGGCUACGCUCUGCAAGCUCCGCUAUUAAAGUUAUGAGCUGGUGCUGUUUUCAUCUGUUCAUGCUGGGAUUUAUAAUUACAACUGGUAGAACAGGGGGAUGGGAGUAUUGUAUAGAUUCACACAUUUUGUGUAAGUUCCACAUUUUACAUGUUACUAAAAGUACAUUAUGAAGUUCCAAGUAACUUGGGACCCAAAGAAUAUCAAGCACUGAAGUCAUUUGCACCUGAAUAAGAAACUUUAUUUAUAACAUGAAUCAAAUACUUCUUCAACAGGUUUCACCAAUUAGGAUCACUAUAAAUAAGCUAAAAUUGUUACUUAAAUGUUUAAUCAACCUUUCCAUUACUGAAAGCAUUUUUACAUCCAAAGUGCCAAAAAAAUGACCAGUAGUGAAUAAUUAUGUCAAUUUUUGGGUUUGUACAGAUUCUCUUAAUCUUGAAAAAUAUUUACAUUUACUAGAAAGAUAAUUUUCAAGCCCUGAAGAAAGUAAGGAAAAUAAUGAAAAAGUAUGGAAAACCAGGAUAAACUUGAGGGGUUUUUAAUUUUUUUCUUUGUUUGUUUUUUGUCUUUUUAUUGUAGCAUGCAAGAAGUUCUUAGUUACGGAGAGAUGUCUCUCUGAAGGAGUGGAAAGUGAUAUGCAAAUGAAUUGUAGCUAAAAUGUUCCAUGAGCACAAUAAAUGAUAAUUUUCAAUUUUGGGAUAAACGCUUGACAGUACUAUUUUGCUCGGGCCAUAUGAUUACUAAUAAUAAUGUUGAGUCUGAAGGAAGCAAAUAAAAAUACUGAAAAAGUAGCAAUAAACCAUUAAAUAUUGUGUUAAUCUGACAGCAGUUUUUUUUGUCUCCAGAUGGUUCCAUGGCCAUAUGUCUGGCAAAGAGGCAGAGACCAUGAUGUUAGACAAAGGAAAAAAUGGAAGCUUUCUGGUAAGGGAAAGUCAGAGCAAGCCAGGAGACUUUGUUCUCACUGUCAGGUGAGUUAUGUGAGGAACUAUCUGAUUCUCUGAAAGUAGUUUAUAGGGGCACUGUGGGCCAUAGCCUAUUAGGUUACAGGAUUUUGUACCAUUUUGAUUAGUUAAUUUGUACCAUGAGGUACAAAAUCCUGUAGCCUGAUUGGCUACAUUACUGCUCAAAAGUAAGCCGACAGUCUCGACUUGAAUAUCAAUCAUCCAUACCCAAAACUAUUGAGGAAUAAAGAAUUGAGGAUGGAGGAUCAUGGCACUCAAAGAAAUAUUUAAGGAUCUUGAUUUCCAGUGUAGAGAAAAUAAUGUAAUUUUUGCUGGAUGUAGUGCUUGACAUGCAGCUCCUCUUUAAACACACAGACUGCCUGCACACUGACAAAUAAUUUCAUAUCCUGCAAGACUCAAGCUUUAACCAAGCUCUGUUUUAGCGUCACUCAUAUUUACAUCUAGAAAACCUAUUAAUUUCCAACACAUGACUUUUAAGUGUAUGGGUACCAGCAGCAUUCUUCAGUUACAGAAUAAUCAUUCGAUGGAUAAAAAUCUAAACAAACAUAUCUCCACAGAAGCUACAUGUAUCAUGCUCCCUUACACUUCUUCUCAUUGCAAAAUUAAAAUUUUGAAAAACAUUUUACAUCAUAAACAGACUGAUAAAGAUGGAUAAAUCUUUUUUCAGUUUUGUCAUGCAUUUACAAUGUUGUAGAUGGAAGCAAUAAAAAAAAAUGUUCAUUCCUAUCAUGACUGAAAAAGGAGAUGGUGAGCUUGUUUUAGGUAUCAGCAACUGAGGAUAAAUUUAAGGUUGGGCUAACUUUGCUGUUAAGUUGAGAUGAAAGCAGAAGGUUAUAAUGAAGAUGUCUGACAAGAAUUAGGCCUGUUUGGUUAUAUUUGGUCCCAAGCUUCUUAUUAAUAAUAAUUCAUUGAAAGUGAGCAGUGGUUGAAACUUUGAUAAUCAUAAUUACUCUUCACCCUUUCCACCUUAACAUUUAUUUAUUAUGCGAAUUCUCCAAAAUACUCCCCAUGAUUAAAUAAAGAUCACAAUAAUAAAAGAAAUGAUCAUUUCCUCACAUUCUUGAAAUGACUUCAUGAUGACCAUUUUUUUUAUACAUAGACUGGAGGACAAAAUCACUCAUGUUAUGAUCCGUCAUCAUGUGGAUGGAAAGUAUGACGUGGGUGGAGGAGAGAAAUUUGAUGAUUUGACUGAUCUUGUGGAACACUAUAAAAAAAACCCUAUGGUGGAAAAAUCUGGCACUGUUGUGCAGCUUAAAACAGUAAGAAGCUGUUUUAUUUUUUUAAUCUUUUUCUGUAUCUAUGUUAUUGAAUCCCUUUCAAUCCUGUCUCCAUGGAAGGCGUCCAAUCUUAUUUGUAGUUUUCCCCUCCAAGCUUCUCUUCUUUUCCUGGUAAAUUAGCCUGAACAAUUAACUAGUAUGUAGCUUGUAAAUUUGUGCAAUAAUUUUAAUUUGAUAGCUCAUUUCAUAUUCCCCUUCUGCACACAAUGAAGUCUCUCUAUACAACAUUUCAAUUACUGUCAGUGUUGAAGAUGUUAUUGGAUAAUUGUUUCAUGCAUAAGCUAGGAAUUUAUCAAGGUACAUGUAGGAAGCAUUUGGUAAGUUUGGAGAGCAUGUAAUAAGACACAUAUAGUUGCUUUCAGCUGCACCUUGACCAACUCUUGCAUGUUUGAUGGCUUCCAACCUGCCUUUGAGCUUCAUAUCUCAAUGAAUGCAUACUGACGUAUGAAUCAUGAAUUGUUAUUUAGUGCCAUAUAACACCCUCCAGGUAAUAAGUUUGCAUCCAUAAAACACCUGUUCAUUGGGUAAUGUAUUGAUACUAUGGGGAGGAAAUCACAUGUUAAACAUUUUGUGGAGUAACAAACCCUCCCUGCGUUAUUUUAACCACUAAAAAACUCUUUAGAGAUUCAUGCAAUGUCAUUGAUGGGCUAAUGCUUGUAAUAAUUGUUGAAUUUUAACCACAGUGGCUACAAACUUUGUAGAGAUUUAUGCAAUGCCACUAGGGACAACAGAGAUGUGCAUCCUCCAUUGGAAUCAUUGUAUAUUUUAAAUUUUUAAUAUGCUGUCUUUCAGCCAUUUAACAACACAAGAAUUAAUGCUGCUGCAAUUGAGGACCGUGUCAAAGUUUUACAAAAAGAGAACAAAAAUGUGUCAGGAAAGGCUGGAUUUUAUGAAGAAUUUGAGGUAAGCUUUUUCCCAUGCUGAUUAUUUUUCAAUUCUUGUUACUUGUGUACUUGAUAAGGUAACAAUACUGUGGGGAGAAAUUGUAUAUUGAUGAUUUUUGUCCCUUCUCCACACAGGUUCUACAGAAGCAAGAGAGCAAACAUCUGUAUAGUAGAAAGGAAGGAGAAAGGCCUGAAAACAAGGCAAAGAACAGAUAUAAGAACAUCCUACCAUGUGAGUAUUUGUGAUAAUGAUAAGGAUACUCAACCCUUUCAUUCCCAAGAUCUCAUUGAUAAUUCUCUGUACUUCUAUUUUAAGUCUUAUGAUGUUAGUUUGGAGAAUUUUGUCUCAGAUGAAAGAUCAGCCCCCUAAUUGAUAUUAGACUUAAAUCUCAUCACUUGUCCACUUGAUAUUUUGUUGAUAUUGUAAGGAGAAAUUCUCACUUGGUCACUCAUGGGAGUUUAAGGGAUAAAACAGGAUUUGGCUUCUUUUGAAAGGUUGUUGUGGUUCACUCACUUUGUAAUUACAUGGUGCUGUUAAAGUUAUCCCCAAUUUUUAUUUUUGAAUUCCCUUUACUGUCUGCUAUGCAUUCCUAAUCAUGUUUGUUCUAAGUAUUUGGUAUUAACUCAAACAUUAUUUAUCUAUUGAUAUAAUUCUCUAAUACUCUGCGCCUGUCUUCUUGAUUGUGUACUGAUAUUUUAAGGGAAAAAAGGUUUUAAACUUGGUCAGUUCAGAUAGGAAAGUUUUAAGAGUCCUCACACUGCCUUAGCUGUGUCUCUCCAGGGAUUGGAAGACAGAGAAAGUUAGAUAAAGAACUUGUGCUUUGACAAAAAGAAUCUUAUCUUGAAUUUCUGAAUGAUGGAUUACUCAGGUUCAUUUGGGUUUAAUUUUAACCUUGCAGUUGAUCACAGUCGUGUUAUUUUGGAUAAUGCUGAACCAAAUAUCAUUGGAUCAGACUAUAUCAAUGCCAACUAUGUUGGGGUAAGUUUCCUGCUUUAGCUGUGUUGUAAAAAUAACCAGACUUUGUUUCAUUCUUGGUGCAUGAACAUGCCUAGGUGUUCAACAAAUCCUGCAUUAUCAUUGGUUCUGAAAGUGGGAAGAAUUUUCCUAUCAGCUUACUCACUGUAGGCAGAAUGGCCAGGUUGUUGACCUUUUGUGAAUGAAAUAGUUUUAAUCACAAGGGAUACAAUCCCAUUUUUUCAAUCAACAAACUUGCACUUGAUUUUAAUCUAGCUUCAUCUGACCCUUUUUAUCUGUAGCCCAGUGACUCAGAAGAAGCAUCAAAAAGAUAUAUUGCUGCUCAGGGUUGCCUCCCCAGCACUGUGGAAGAUUUCUGGCAUAUGGUUUACCAGGAGAGCAGCCGAAUCAUUGUCAUGACAACAAAGGAAGUUGAAAGAGGAAGGGUAAGAAGCAGCAAAUAACUUUUAAUUAAUAAAUUACUUUUAAGUAAGGCUUUAAAGAGCUGCCAUGAAAAUACUGUCUCUAUGUAUGAGAGACAAGAUUUGCACUUUUUCUAUCUUGUGCAAGAGACAUGAUUAUGGACUUGGUAAAGCAAAACCUGAAAACAAUCACAGAUAUGGAUAAAAAUGUUUAAGUACACUCUUUCUUUUGCUUACAAGCACAGAGUAAACAGGUUAUGGCAAAAAAGGUUUUCUUUUAUGAGACUUCAAAAGUUCUCAUUUUUCAAUAAAAUUUCUCCUUACAGUAUGGCCCUUGAAUCAAAAGUUAAGUCCAUGAGAAAAAGAAAAUUAUCACCAAUUUUAAAUGCCCGUGAUUGUCAAACAAAUUCUCAUUUUCUAGUACCACAGGAAAUGUACAGAGAACAUAAUGGAGAAUAUGGAUACUGAUAUUACAAUAGGGUUUAGAUACUAGAGAGCUUUUGUGCUGAUACUUUUGUUUGCUAUUGUAUAAGUGCCCAUUUGCAGUCCUUCAUUACAGUGACUAAUACAAGCCAUAAAUUUAAAAUUUUCUCCUUGCUUUGGAUGGUUUUGUUUCAGAAUAAGUGCACUCGUUACUGGCCUGAUGUAGAUACCACAAAGGAUGUUGGUCCCUAUCACGUCAAGCACAUGAAGGAGACAGAGUUUACCGACUACACUUUGAGAGAAUUUGAAAUUAUUUCAGAAACCAAUGUGAGUGCUACAACCAAAAUCUUACAUAUGCUGGUUCUUCCAUUCUUUUACGAUAUGAAAAAUGCUAAAUUUGCUUUAUUUUGGAGAACAACGUGAUCGACUCAAUUGUUCCCAAAGACAAUUUUUACAGUUUCUUUAGUCUAACAUUAAAGUUUGUUUUAAAUAAUUAAAAUUAAAACAUCUGCAGCAUUUUUUGCAAUCAAAGCUGAGAGGAGGGAUACAUACUUUCUUUAUCAAAAACAUUUAGUUUUUAACUUAACUGAAGGAUCGUAAUAUCUCUGUUGCAAUGAAAUUUUGUAAAAUUUUGUAUCAUAUCAGGGGUUUCAAUAAUGACCAGUACCGCUGGUCUCCCCCCCCCCCCAUUUUAUAAGAGCUCUCAUCACUGUCUGUUUUUCGGACACACCUGCCUGGUACACCAUGGGCAGCUGCUAAUGGAAAACUGAAUUUGGGAAUAUCUUUAGUACACAAAGUUGUAGUCAGUUGAAUGGAAAAUAAAAGCAGUUUCUUUGAUUAAUUUCAUUCUACAGCCCAUACCCAGCACAAUAUAUCAGUUCCAUUACACAGGAUGGCCUGAUCAUGGGGUACCAAAGGAUCCAAGUCCUGUCUUACACAUUCUCCAUGAAGUCAACAGCAGGCAGCAGUCCAUUCCAAUGGCUGGGCCAAUCAUUGUGCACUGCAGGUAACACCUGUGUUCAUUGAUAUAUCAAUUAUCCUCCUCACUCUUCUCUAAUUUUGUUUUGCCUUUAACCCUUUAGUGGGAGAUGUGAUGGCCUAAUUGUUAGUGUCCUGGACUCUGAGUGGAGAGGUCUGGGUUCCAGACCCAGCCAAGUCAUUGUGUUAUGUUCUUGGGCUUUAUAUAUGCACUCUCACAGUGUCUCUCACUCUCACCAUGCCUCUAUCCACCCAGGAGUUUAAAUGGGUACUGGCAAAUUUCCAGGAAAGCCUGAUGAAAUGCAGGGGGUAGCCAAGCAAUGGACUGGUCUUUGAAAUCAAAGGGUUGACAGAUUUUCUUUGAAUUUGCUUUCUAGUGCUGGCAUUGGAAGAACUGGUACAUUUAUUGUAAUAGACAGUCUGGUAAACAUGAUCAAAGAGCAAGGUAAUUAUUUUUAUUUUAUUAAUGAAGAGUGGCUCUAAUUGUUAAGUCUCAGAGAUGAUUACAGCACAAUUAUACUUUGGUGAUCUGUGGUAAAUGGUGUGGACUUGCUGGGAAAUGAUCCAUACUUUUAUUAGCUUCACCAGAUUUGUUUCUGCAACAUUCUAUUUCAUCUCAAUUGUCUAUUUGAAAUAUGGUGAAAUGGAAAAAAUAACUAUAGAUAUUAGACUGUUUUUGUGUGUAUUGAAACUCAGAAAGUUUUGUUGUUUGUUUCACUCUCCAUAGGUCUUGAUUGUGAAAUUGAUAUUUCCAAGAGUAUUCAAAAUGUCAGAGCACAGAGGUCAGGAAUGGUGCAAACAGAGGUAGAUGCAACCAUUGCUUAAUACUUCUUUGAAUUUUUAGAGGCCUGAACUAUUUUCACUGGUAUUUUUAUGUUGAAACUAGGAUUUUUGGCUUGUAAGGAAAGGUUAUUCUUUUUUCAAGUUCUCCCCAUAGCAAGCUUGUCAGCAAAAUUUUCCCAUUUUUAUUGCAGCUGUGAAAAUUAUUAAAAGCAUAGUAAUCUGCCAAAAAAAUCUUGGUUUCACCCUACCUUGUUGCAAGACAGGAUAACUAAGUGUCAGGGAUUUACCACUGACAGUUGCAUCAAAAUUGAUUAUGAAUGACAUCAAGAACUUGCAAAGUACAGUUUAAAAUGCACUUGGGGUUCAUGCAAUUUCAUUUGUGUAUGUGUGUGUAUAUAUAUAUAUAUAUAUAUAUAUAUAUAUAUAUAUAUACAUAGGAAGUCUGCAAGUCGAUUUUUGCGUGGAACAGUGCUCAAUACGUUGAAGCAGAGCAGAAUAAAUAUUAUGAAUACUGAACUGUUCAUGGUCAAUAACUGAUUUCUCUGAUUCUGAUUUUAGGCACAGUAUGAGUUUAUUUACAAAGCUAUUCAACACUACAUCAGCACAGAGACUGCAAGAUUAAACAGUGACAAUGUAAGAAUACACCAUACCAGUUUCCCUGAAGUGUAUCUGUCAACAGUCUUUCCUUUUACAUGGAAUUAUUAUUUAAAUUACUUUUACUUUGAUGUUUGUACCUUAGGUGGCUGAAAUUUGUAUUUUAUUUGUUUGGCACUGCUUCUUUCGCCAUAACAAACAGUGAAUGCAUCUGUAUUUCUCUCUAAAAUGGCGGUCUAAAAUGUGUCUAACUCCCAACCUGUGGCUUUAUAGCUCAAGAUAAUUUUGGUUUUAUAAACUGAGUUGAUAAUGUAAAUUGGCCACCUUAAAGAGUGUCAAAGCGGACGUUAGAACGAAGGGCUAAUGCUCGAAACUUCACUUUGAAACUCUUUAUGGUGGCCAAUUUACAUUGACAACUCAGUUGAUAAAACCAAAAUUAUCUUGUUAUAUUUCCCCACCGACGCAACACCACAGUUUCUGUAGAAACUUACCCAUUAUUCACAUUUUCGCUCAGUUGGUAGUAGCGACCAACUCGUAUCUAGGAAGUAUGGGCUUGAAUCCUGUCAAAACCUUUUCGGGCUUCUUUUCUGAAUUGCUAAAUUUCAGUCCGCGUGCGAGGAUAAUUUCUUUGCUUGAUAUUUCUCUCUGGUGUUUACCUACCUAUAUUUUAUUAUAUUUAUGACUGAAUUAUCGUGUCAUGAAAUUGUAAUACUUCUUUGAAAAGCCAAUAGAAACAAUUUGAAAUCAUUUCAUUACUGUGAAUUUUUUUUUCUUUCAGCCGAAUCUUGCUGUCUACGGGAAUUUGGCAAACGUCAGAAAGGGAGGUGAAAGCGAAGCUCCCCCUCCGAUUCCUGCCUAUACUGUGGACAAACCCCAGCCAAGGUUAGCUCUUUUUGACGUACAUUCUCUCUUUCUAUUUAUUCGCUGCCCCUGUUAG